AUGAUGAUGGAAGAGGAUUCUAAUAAUAAACCUCCAGAACAGGGAAAAGAUCAGCAGGAGGAAGCAAUAAAUGAAGCCAAGGCAGAAGCAGAGACGCUACAUAAAGAGCUUCUACCAUCUUCUGAGGAGCACCAGCUCCUUGAGCCUUCAAGUGGACAAAAGGCUUCCCAGUCUCAAUCUCAACCGCCCAUGCCCUCAGAUGAUAUGAUGCGACACUCCAUAGCCGACAGCCUCAUGGAGAUGCUGGUAAAUAUGACCAAUUCCCAGUACCUCCACGAAUGCCUGGAGCUCUUGGAGGCAAGCGAUCCCAUGCAGGCACGCAACCAAAUCCUGAAUAUACUGCAGCGAAUCGACGGGGAGCAUUUCACUUAG